AAAAACAAAAACAAUAAACGUAAAUAAUGACAACAUAGCUAAACAAUCAAACAAAAUUGGAACGCCCGCCACGGAGACUAUGUUGAACGGAAACAAAUCGGAAUAAGCCGUACGCAUAGUGAUCGGAAACAAUUCCGUUCCCCACCACUUGGAGGAUCCGUUUUUGACCGACAAUCUAAACGGAUCUGUUUCCGUGGACAGAUGAAGACUGUGUUGAGUGGGCUAUGGUUUGUUUAAAGGUUGUUAUUAUGACCAGAGUCAUAGAACCCUUGUUAUGACAAACAGUUUCUUCUCGAAUUUUUCUUGCAAUCAUUAAACGUUUGUCAAUUAAUCAUAGAACCUGCUUCGGAGGCACAUUUAAAAAUUUAAAACUAAAAAAAAAAAAAAACGAGAAAGACCAAAAAUCAUAGAUGGACAAAACACAUCUUCAAUCAACUUCCCUGCUGACCUGAGGCCCUGAGAGUCUCUUCUUGGACUAGAAAUGCAGAAUUCUAACAAGAUGUCAUUAUCUACAACCAGAACAAAAGCAAUACAGUGUGAAGUGUUGUCCAAUUUUCCUGUAAGCAAUUCAAACUCAUGGAAGUUUAUUACUCCAAGCAGGCUCCAGAAAGCAAUAAAUGAAGCUAAAUAUGAUCUCCAUCAUAUGUUGGAAAAAUCAGUACAUGCGAAUGAUCAUUUAGGAACCACAAUAUGUUCGAAAAAAAAUUAUGUAAAAGAUGUGAUAUCUGUCCUGCCAAAUCUCUCUCAAGAUCAAGAAGAAAACAAAGUGAAAGCCAAAUCAACCAUACUUAAACCAAAAAGUCACUCAUCUUGCCACAAAGACCUCUCAUUUUCUGAAAAAGAAAAGUAUAUCGAACUUGACCCCUAUGUUUCUGAAAAUAGCAAUUCUUGUAUCACAACUUCUGACCUUCAAAGUCAAGAAUUGCAAAAUAACAAAGGAUUGAGUGAAGAGGAUCUCAAAUGGCUUGGAAAGAAUUACAGGACUCAGCUGAGUAGAAAAGUUACCAUCAACAACACCGAUUUAAAGUCACAUAUUUUAAACGAAUGCAGCUUACGUCCACCGACAUCCACAGCCACCGUCAAAAAUCGAAAUCAAAUACAAAUUCAUGAAACAGUCAUUGACUUGGUCAAUCGAGUUCAAGUGCGUGAACAGCAGUUAUGGAAACAGUUGGCCGAAAUGUCUUUAACUCCAGCGCCGUCGGUUUCUAGUACUAGGAGUAGUUUAGCAGAAGAAAACUACGAGCCGAUACUAUUAUCAAAUUUCCCGAAAGAACUAAAUACACUUACCAAAGUUUCUGUCAAACACGAUCGUACAGAAACAUCCUCAACUCAACACAGAGAUGAAAUGCCUAUGAGCGCUGAAAGUCUGAUUUCUUUGCUUGGUGACGAGUGGCUAAAAAACCUUUUAAAAGAAGAACUUGAAAUCUCUCUUAACGAAUAAUUGUCUCUUAAUUUGCUAACACAUUUUUCUCUACUACUUGGUAAGGAACAACAUUCUAUUUCUACUGCAAAUCGUAAUUUCGAAUCCCUCUGCUGUCGCUCAGUUUAUAAUUCUGUAUUUUUUCAUUUCAUCAUUGAUUGCGUAAAACUAUCAAUACUUGAAUUGGCAUAAAAUAAACCUUAAGAAACACUCUA